CACCUCUUUACCUCUCAGUUGUAACUAGGCAUCUCAACUGGUGAGAUUAAAGCAUAACAUGUUGACUAUUGUUGUAGCUACAUCCAUCUGCCUGAUGGCAACUGUUAGUGCAAACGUUCCAAAUUCUCUGUCCCCGGAGCUACUGCAGCAAAUGGGGCAAUUUCGUUCCGAGUGUCUGCGCGAAACCGGAACCACCGACGAGCAAAUUGAACAAUUCAAUAGUCCACAAUCGGUGCAGGCAUCGCACGAACUGCAAUGCUACAUGUACUGUAUGUUCCGCCUGCACAACGUUACCCGUCCGAACGGCGAGCUCGAUCUGAUCGAUGUUUACCACGCCAUACCGAAGCAGUUCAACUCGAUCGCGCUGAAAGUGCUCGCCAAAUGCAACAAAUCGACCGGGCCGAUUGCAGAUGCGUGCGAACGUGCCUAUUCACAUCAUCGAUGCUGGAAGGAAACGGAACCGGAAGUUAGUGAUCCACUAUCACCUAUUUUGAUGCCGAUUCUCGCCAAACAACUAACUACACAUACACAUACACAUGGUUGCAACUGCUUCGGAAGCAAGAGUUAUCGAAAACUUUUAAGGAGUGCACUGUUCUAUACCCUUACCGGGUGCAAUUUUCUGUGCAUCUCAAAUUUGGUCGUACCGUGCGGAAGUUUGCCGUGUCGGAAAUAAGCUAUACCGGGGCAGGACAGGUCGGUGUAAUGUCCAAGCGAGGGCCGCUUCAAACUCUUAAUUGACAAAGUAUCGUGAUAAAAUGUAGACCAAAUUAGUGCUCGCACUGGAGUGGCCUUGGUUUCACUCAACUAAGCAGGGUUGAAUGCAGAGCAAAGGAUUGAACUUUCUGUAGUUGAACUUUCUGGUUCGUAUUUGGCAAAGUUUAUGUAUAGUUAUCUGUGUUUCAUGAUGUUGCCUUGCGGUUUUAAUGCAGUUUGUCUGCUACCAUCGUUUUUUCAGCUUGUCAUUACUGUGUCCAUUCCAGCUGAAAUCGAAAUACCAGUUACCUUUAUAAGUAAUGUUAUUAAAAUCUGAACUAUAACAAAAUAAACAACAUAAACAAUUUGCUAAAUAA